AUGGGGAAAGGAAAGCAUGACUAUCUCAGAGAAGAAGUGAGAAGUAAUGAAAAUGACAGGAUGCAGCUCAAAAGAACUAUAGGGUAUUUUAAUGGGGUAAAUUUUAUUAUAGGCACCAUAGUAGGUGCAGGGAUCUUUGUGUCUCCCACAGGAGUGCUAAAAUACUCCUUACUUAAUGUGGGUGUUGCGCUAAGCAUCUGGACUGCUUGUGGAGUAAUAUCGCUGAUGGGAGCCCUCUGUUAUGCAGAGCUGGGGACUGCCCUACCAUUAUCUGGAGGAGAAUACAGUCACAUAAAAAGAGCGCUUGGAUCCCUACCUGCUUUCAUCUUUAUCUGGACGGCGAUGUUUACCAAACCAGCAUCAAAUGCUACUCGAGCCUUGUUGUUUGCCGAAUAUGCUACCCAACCUUUCUAUGGUGUAUGCCCUGCACCGGAGCUGCUAAAGAAAUGCUUGGCUUUGGCAGUUAUUUGGUCUCUGGGUAUUCUGAAUGGCCGAAGUGUCAAAAUGGCUACUUGGGUUCAAACUGUUUUCACAGUACUGAAGAUGAUGGCACUAUCUGUAAUUGGCAUAGGAGGCAUUGUUCUGCUGAUUAGAGGAAGAAAGGAGAAUUUAGUAAGGUUUGAGAAUGCAUUCAGCUCAGAGAUUCCUGAUGCCUCACAGAUUGCUGAAGCUUUUUUCCAGGGAUUAUAUGCAUAUGGCGGUUGGUGGUCCCUCAAUUACAUGGCAGAAGAGAUGAUAAAUCCUAGUAGAAAUAUCCCCUCGACUGUGAUGACUGCACUUCCUGCAGUGACUUUGUUUUAUUUACUUGUAAACAUCUCGUAUCUGACAGUUCUGACACCUAAGGAAAUUGUCUCCUCAGUUGCUGUGGCAGUCACUUGGGCUGACAGAGUGAUUCCCUCCGUUGCUUGGGUCAUUCCUCUCUCCGUUGCUGCCUCAAUAUUUGGUGCCCUCAACAGCAGCAUGUUUACAUUAGGACGAUUAAGUUAUGCUGGAAGUCAGUCAGGACACUUGCCUGUUUUAAUAUCCAUGCUUAAUGUCCACUAUUGGACUCCGGCACCGGCCAUGAUUUUUUCAACCAUCAUUGCAUCCAUUUUUAUUAUACCCGCUGAUCUAAUUACUUUAACAAAUUACUUUGGAUUUUCUGUAUGGCUUAUGAUUGGACUGACUUGUGCCAGCCUGAUUGUACUCCGAUACCGGGAACCUAAUCUACAGCGACCAUACAAGGUGUUUUUACCAGUUGCAUUUGCGAUGGUGGCAGUUUCUUUGUUCUUAGUCUUGGCUCCUAUAGUCUGGUCUCCCAAGAUGCAGUAUAUGUAUGCCCUUCUCUUUAUGUUGGGGGGCCUUCUGGUGUACCUGCCUUUUGUACAUUUUAAAUUACAUUUUGAUUUUGUUGACAAAAUUACUUGUUACUUACAGCUACUGUUGGAAGUUUCUCCUGCUGAUGUAUUUGCUGAUGGUAAAUAUGAGUAAUAGCAAAUGUUUAAACCCUAUACUGUAUUGCUAACAGCCAAUAGAAGUUCUUUUUUAACUCAAGUGGUCGCAGUCAUGGAGUUAAGCAUGUACUUAAGACUCUGAUUCAGGAAAACACUUAGGC